CACAGUCGUGUUUUACAAUAGAGGACGAAUUGAAUUGCCGAAUGGAACGAAACAAUUUCGUUUUCGCCGCACGAAUUCAUUGUUAUCUGCGAAAUCAGUUUUUAUCGUUCACUGAAUUUUCCUGCGGUCGCGAGAUAUGAAGUGACCUUUGGAAAGUCAAACAUAUUUUAUCUAACACCCUGAAUGAUGCUACACCCAAGAAGAUCUUGUCAAAUCUGAGCCUCAGGAGCAGAUUUUGUUGACUUCGAACUAGUACGGACAGGUAUUUUCAGUCCACAUCAUUUGGAAAUGGGAACUAAAAAAUUGUUUUGGAAAUUCUUCAGCAUCAUACAUAGACUCUUUGACAUUGUCUUGCAUUACAUGUUUAAAAUUGCAAAUUUCGGAAAACCUGAUCCUUUGCCGCCUAUAAAAAAUCUGCUGCUACUAUCACCAGCGGUUAGCCUUGCCGCAAAAAUUAGGAAGAAAAAAUUAAAGAGUGUUGAUCUAGUCAAAGCAUUCAUUUCAAGAGUCUUAGAGGUAAAUCCAUUCAUAAAUGCUGUGGUAGCUUAUCGAUUUGAUAAAGCUCUUGAAGAGGCUGAAAAAAUUGAUGAAUUGAUUGCAUCCAAUUACAAAACAGAAGAGGAGUUGGAGAGAGAAACUCCAUUUCUUGGUGUUCCAAUGUCAGUUAAGGAGCUUAUUGCUGUUGAAGGGAUGCCUUUGAGUGCUGGUCUCGUGACUAGGAAGAACACAAAGUCUCCUUUCAAUGCUCAGACUGUUCAGCUAAUGAAGGCAGCAGGAGCCAUUCCAUUUGUUACAACUAAUGUUAGUGAGCUUGGUAUGUGGUAUGAAUCCUACAACCGGGUUUAUGGCAGAACAAGCAAUCCCUAUGAUAUCAACCGCAUUCCUGGUGGAAGCAGUGGUGGAGAAGGAUCCAUUGUUGCAGCAGCAGGCUCUGUUAUUGGCAUUGGAUCAGAUAUAGGAGGAAGUAUUCGCAUUCCUGCUUUUUUCAAUGGAGUAUUUGGCCAUAAACCAACAUCAGAAGUUGUUUCAAACUAUGGAACAUAUCCUCCGUCUGGUGAGAGAGAACUUGUCCCUUACCUUUGUAUGGGUCCUCUGUGUAGAUAUGCCACAGAUUUGAAUCCUAUGAUGAGAGUAUUGGCUGGCAAAAAUGCAUCGCUAUUGCGGUUAGAGUUCCCAGUUGUGAUGAAAGAGCUUAAAAUUUAUUAUAUUGAAGAUGUGGGCAACCAUGUCAUGUUUAGCAAGGUGGAAGCUGACAUGGUGAAAGCUAUACACAAAGUUUUGCAUCAUUUUGAAAAUGCAUACAAGAUAACACCACGAAAGUUAGAACUUCCAGCAUUGAAAUCCAUGUAUUUAAUCUGGGCGUCUUCCAUAUCAAACUGCAAAGCACCGACUUUCUCUGAUGAACUUGCAGAGCGCAAAGGCCAUAUUGGUUUUAAGACUGAGUUUUUGCAGUGGCUCAUUGGACAGUCACGGUUUACAUUCCCUGCCAUCGCUCUAGGUCUUGUGGAGAGUUCUGCCCUGGAACAAAGUGACUAUUUCCUCAACAAGGGUCAGGAUCUCCGCAAAGAGUUGGAAGAAAUUCUAGGAGAUGAUGGCAUUUUGUUGUUCCCUUCUCAUCCCACGUGCGCUCCCCACCACAAUGAGCCUCUCUUCAAGCCCUUCAAUUUCAUGUACACCGGCAUAUUUAACAUCAUGAAGUUUCCUGUCACUCAGUGUCCACUGGGAUUGGGCAGUGAGAAUUUGCCGAUUGGAGUGCAGGUUGUAGCCAAUGCUUAUAACGAUCGCCUGACCAUGGCAGUCGCUGUUGAGUUGGAGAAAGCUUUUGGAGGUUGGGUUCCUCCAUGUGCUGUUGAAUGAAACUUUAAUAAAUGACGGUGCAGCAAAUAUUCCUUUGAUGUUGAUGUAAAUUAUUGUAAAUAACCUGUUCAUUUUCAGAUCAUGAAAAAAGAUUCAUUAAUAAAUUCUUUAUAAAUAUUAAAAACAAUUUCAAUGAUCUGUGUGAAAAUGUUUAUUUCGUUAUUUUUUUCAUUUACAUACUUUUUUUUGUGAUAUAUUCUUUUUUUUGUGAGAAAUUGAAAUUGAACAUGACUUCUAAUCACUGUCUAUAUUUAACAAAGCAUUUACCCUC